AUGCUCGCCGGCCGCUGGAUGCGAACCCACUUUCAGCCGCGGCGCUACACGGGUCUCAGCUGCAAGAGCAUCGAUACGCAUUACAACUGCGAGAAGAACGGGCGCCCCAACCUCAAAUACCUCGAUUACGAGUGGCGCAUCCCCGGCUGUAGCCUCAAGCGCUUCGACCCUGCGGCCUUCCUCGCGCUGAUGCGAAACAAGGUGUUUAUGAUCGUCGGGGACUCGUACGCGCUCAACCUGCACGCGUCCUUCCGAUGCCUCAUCGAGUCCGUCGCGGUCACUCAGUCCGUUGCAGUGGCGCAGGUGAGAUGCUACCUGCCCUACAAUGGUGGUGGUUACAACAGUGGUUACCCUACGAUGGCAGCUAUAGCGGCACACUCCUACGCCCCCCACCUGCACGCAUCCAUCCAGUCCGGCAUGCCGUGCCCCUCCCUCUCCCCACGCCCCUCCCUCUCCCCACGCCCAUCCCUCUCCCCACGCCCCUCCCUCUCCCCACGCCCCUCCCUCUCCCCACGCCCCUCCCUCUCCCCACGCCCCUCCCUCUCCCCACGCCCCUUUCUCAAACCAUACCACGCCACACCAUGCUAUCUGCAGAGCCUCGAGGGGAAUCUCUUCAACACGGGCGUGCCCGCAAACGGCUUCAGAGUGCCGUCCCACAAUGCCACCACCAUCCGCACGAACUUCAAUGGGACUCUGUUCAAGACGGGCGUGCCGGCAAGGGGCUUCAGAGUGCCGUCGCACAAUGCCACCAUCAUCCGCAUUGCUUCCGCCUUCCUCCUGUACGGCGAACCUGACGUGCGUAUCCAGAUAAGCCACGUGUUUGAAGAACCUGACUGUGAGGAGCAUGUGGACGGACAGGGAGAAAGGAGUGUGAAGAGCACGUGGACGGUAUGGCUGGAUCGGGUCAACCCCGAAUGGGCGGAUCUGCUGCCAUUCACCGACUAUGUGGCACGGGAGGAGAAGCGCCACUAUUACUUGAGCAACAGCACCACGCAGCUCGCUUGGAACCCUGACCAGCUCAUCACCAUGCAAACCGCUCUAACCACCCUCAUCACCCAUUUCAACCGCCUUAAAUACCGCGGCCUCCCCAUGUUCCUCUCCUUCACCUCCUCCCACUACGGAUUCGAGCUCGCGGGCACGGAGGCGGCUAGAGGGGCACAGUAUAAUUGCACGGACGCGUGGCGGCCAAUCGGAUGGCGCCAGGUGUCGCAGAGGGAAUGGGCAGUUGAAGACAUGCGGACGCGGAAUGCGCAAGUGCAGAUUCUACGCAAAGCGAAGAACUUCAAGGUUCUGGACAUCACAUAUUCCACGCUCUUCCGCCCUGAUGCUCAUCUCAAAAACCACAAUAAAGGGGAUGGCGGAUUUGACUGCGCCCAUUGGUGCAUCCCUGGUGUACCUGACAUGUGGUCUGAUCUCAUCUACAACUUUGUUAUGAAUAACAAGAAAUAA